AUGGCCAGCCCUCUAUACAACGCUCUGUUCCGAAGGAACUUCCAGAUGCUGGGUGUCGUCUUCGUAUCCGCAUUCGCUUUCGAGAUGACAUACGACGUCGGCAUGAACAAGGUCUGGGACAACAUCAACAAGGGCCGACAAUGGAAGGACAUCCGACAAAAGUACGCCGAGGCUGAGGAAUAA